AUGGUGCGGCCCUGCAAGGUGCCCUUCGGCCCCGGUGCAGAUAAUAAGCAGAAAGAGCUGGUGUUCCCGUGUCUGGAUGGUGCCAAUGUUUGCGAUAAGAUCGAUGGUCUCUCUGUCAUGGCAGCAGUGAACGAGAGUGCGGAGGAAGAGAAAGAGGUGGAAUCUGCAGAAGAUUGCACUCAGGAGCUGUCAGGCAGUCACACAUCUACUCCCACCACCUCCUCCACCACCACCAACAACAACAACAGCAGUGUGGGGCCACAGCAGUGCCAGUCUUUGGACACUCACCAAAGCCUUUUAAAUGGAGCACAGCCGAGCCCAUUUGUCUGUGGCAGCGUCCCGGCCGCCCCCUGCACAGACGAUUCAUUGCCUUCAGGAGCACUUGUUAAUGGACCUGCUUCACACUGUACCUCAGAGGAGCCCCACGUCCCCAACAAAGACGCGUCCCCUUGGCCUGGGACAGACACCAACCCCGAGGUGUUACAGCCUCCCAGCGAGCUUCAAUCAGACACUUGGCAAAAACCAGAAGGGCACGUCCUGAAAGCGCCGUCCACAUGGACCUCAUCUGAGUUGGACAACAGUGACUGUGAGGCUCACUUGGAUGUGCUGGUGGGGGAUGAUGCAGAUAACAGGCCAAUCAGCAGGCUGUGGACGAGAAAAAGUGUCAAAACAGGGUUCUUAUGGGACGUUGAUUCGGAGUCGUCGGAAAGCUCCUCUGACGACUACGACGACCUAAACAGGGGCCUUCGAGAGAAGUUCAUGCGCUUCCUGUUGAAAGGCAGGGUAAUGGAUGGAGUGGUGAAAAGAGAGAUGGAGACAGAAGGCUCUCCAUUGGCCAGCCCUAGCAGGAGGAAGCGGAAAAUGUACAGGGUAGAAAGGAUGCCGACCGAGGAAGAAGUUAACAACGGCUUCGGCUCUGCUUCCCUCGCUGACGGGGACUUGGAUUUUGAUUCGUCCAUUAGCAAAGAACAUGCCUGGAGGAAAGAGCCAGAAAGUUUAAGAACAUGCCUGGGGAAUUCUUACGACAAAGCAGCUGUCGUGGAGAAGUUCAUUUUAAGCGAGAAGGAAGGCAGGAGCGAUGAAGGCAGCGACGUUGGAGAAGCAGACGACUACGUGGGUGGCAAACCUGCAUGUUUAAAGAGCAGGAUGGAAACAGGCAAAGAGCCGGAGCCGUUGCUCUUCCAAUGCACAAAGUGCAACAUUAAUUUCAAGGAGAAGAGGCAUUUGCAUAGACAUAUGAUGUAUCAUUUAGACAGGCAUAAUCAGGUAGGGCAGGAGAGCGUCCUCCGUCCCUUUAUAUGCAAAGAGUGUGGGCGUUCGUUCCGCGAGCGUUCCACCCUGCACAAGCACAUGCAGAUCCACCAGGCACGAAGGGAACGUCUGAUGCAGGAGAUUAAAGGUUUGAAUGAAUCACAGGACGAAGGCCGAGACGGCCAGCUGCAGUGCCCCCAGUGCGCCUUCGGAACCAGCUGCCCCAAAACUUUUGUCCGCCAUGCCGAGUCUCAUGAACAGGACAAACAUUAUUACAGUUGCGAAGAACGUGAUUACUCGGCUGUGAGUGAACUGGAUAUGGAAGCACACCAAGGGACGGCUCACCAAGGCAGAUUUUUAAAAGUCUUUGACACAUUUCUUUGUAAAAUUUGCACAUUUAGGACAAAGAACGUCAGUGUUUUGAGAAAGCACUUAGAACUUGUUCACAAGCAGCCACUUUAUGAUUAUGACCUUCAGUUGCAUAAUCUGACAGCUGACAACCAUAUAAAGCCUGUGUUAGACCAGGACAGGUUAAUAGACCAAACUAAAGACGACAUUUCACCUCCACUUUCACUGAAGCCAAAGUCCCUCAGAGACAAGCAGAACGGCUGGAGAGGAGCAGGGCUUUCCAUGCGGUCCAAUGGCACCGCUGACCUUUAUGUGAGAGAUAAAGGCACACAAAAAUCCUGUAAAGGAUUGAGCUCCUCACUGAUCAAGUGGAGUUUUGGCAGCUUAGCAAACAACCUGUCACCAUCUUCCCUGAGAUGUGACAAGCCAAGUAAAUUAUCUGUGCCUACAGAGAGAAUGGAUGUGACAACAGGUCUCCCGUAUGUCGAAGAGGACAAUCAAGGAUAUGAAAGCCCUGUCUCUGAACAAAAGACAAAAUAUCUCUCCAGUUUUGACAUGCAUCUUACGACCAAGACUGCAAUCUCUAGCAAAACAGCACAUCUGAACCAAGACACUGCUACCGCUUCCAAAGAUCCCUCAGAAAGUGGUGGUUUAGCGGAGCCGGCGCUGAAGCAGAAAUCUCCCUCUAAAAGAAAAAUGUCCAUCCCUUAUCACAACACCCCUACGAAUACUUUGAUUUUCCCAAAAAGUGAACCAGUAUCUCCGGAAUGGCAGGACGCUGAGCCCCUACAAGAAAGUGAUUAUGACGACGCUAAUGAUACUAAUGAAUCUAAUGAUGCCAAUUACCAUAAUGACACCACUGCAAACCUCCUGGAUGGCAGUGAGGAUGGACACAGCCCCUACUCUGCUGACCGCUUCUUUCAACAGGGCUUUUCGCUUAAAGAAGACAGCUGUGACUCUGCCAAUCAUUCAGAUCAUGAUGACUACAUGGAAGGCAAUGAAAUUUGCACAUUCAUCGUGAAAGAGGAGAGUAUAGAGAGCGCAGUCAGUGAGGACAAUCCAGAGUUAGAGUUUCCUGACCAUAACCUCAGUGAUUCUUGCACAAGCUAUCGUGUGUCCCCCGUGUUUGAGAUGGACCGCAAGUCCUGUCCAUAUUGUCCUGCUGUGUUUGAGUCAGGAGUGGGUUUGUCCAAUCAUGUGAGAGGACAUCUACACAGGCUGGGGCUGAGUUAUGACGCUCGUCACAUGCUGUCACCUGAACAGGUAGCAUCUCAGGACCGGCAGCCCCGCAUCCGCAGAAGAGCACCUUCGAUGAACAGAAGAAUCCGGAAAGAUAAGCCUGAGUCUCAAACAGAACACACCUGUCCUCUAUGUCUUGGCUGGUUUGAUACAAAGACUGGCCUGUCCAAUCACGUUCGUGGGCACUUGAAACGGAUUGGGAAGCCAAUCACAGGGGUCAGCAAAUCUCCCCUCUGCAUCCUCACCGAGCUUCUGCAGGAUGAGAAUGAGCACCAGAAGAUUCUCCACUCUCUUCAGGCCAAACCACACCUCUCCAGACCUUUCAUUUCUCAGAAGUUUGCAGGCAGCGAAGGUCUGUUUCUGACGCCCACCGGUGUCCCUGUAAAGGUCCAGCAUCAGUGGCCUUCCAGUGAGCCACGCUCAGAAGAUGGUGAGAAGAGAAAGAAAAGUGAGGACAUCAGUGUAAUCAAUGAAACCUCGUCAAGCACUUUAAUAGAACUUCUUAAGAGAAAGAGACUGGACCCGGAGCUAGAGGAGGUCAAAGGUCACUCGCAGGCAGCCAGGACUCGUUGUAUCGUUCCAUCGUCCAAAAGCGCUGAUUCUGAGGACCUGCCUCUGCAGGACCUGAGCUCCAGCUGCAGCCAAGAAAAGUUUGAAAUUAAUAAGAAGAUUUGCAUCCACUGCAAUGCAACUUUCCACAGCGCUGUCAGCCUGUCCAAUCACCUUCGAGCUUAUGCACGCAGGAAGAGGAUCGCACUGCUAGAGGGAACGUCAUAUAACUGUAAUCAGAUCCGGCCUCGAUCAAGGCCCGGGCCAAAGAGGAAGGAGUUUCCCUCUCCACACACAGCAUCUGAAGUGAUCUACAGACUGACCUGCAGGUUCUGUGAUCUAGUCUUCCAGGGCCCACAGUCUGUGCAGGAGGACUGGGUUAAGCACCUGCAGAGACACCUCAUGCACACCAGUGUCCCGGGCACAGGGGCAAGUAUGGUGGAGGUAACGGCUGUGUGUGAGGAGCUGUGUGACCCGUCUCUGGACUCUCUGCCCUUUCCCCAGCUCGCUCAGGGGCUCUCCUAAAGCCACGUUUACACGCCUGCUCUGUUCACUUUACUGUUAUUUUCCUGUCCUGCACAUGUACAUAAGCAGAGCUAUGUAAACAAAGCAUAUUCUACAUAAAUUUAUCUGUAAGAAUCUAAGAAAAAUAUAUAUUAGAACUAUAUACAGAGAGAGAAAUAGAGAAAGAAAGAGAUUUUCUUAUAUUGCACAUGGAUCAUUUAUUCUCUGCUCUUUACUUCUGUUAUUUUUAUAUCCUGCCUCCUUAGACAUGGCAUGCCAUUUACAUCACAUGUAAAGCCUGGCAAGGACACAUUGGUAAAUUAUUAGAAUAAUAUAAUACUGUACUGACAUGAAUAUUUACUCAGAGGACGAACGAUACAACCUAUUUUUGAACUACAUCUACAAUCUUAGUGCUACACUUACUGGUAAGACUUCUCCUGGACGUUCUUAUGCAACCUCGGACAUGAUAAGGGGGCUCUAGUGCCACUCAUUUUAGCGUUUUUAAGGACACUUUUGAACAAAUGAACUAAAAACUCCACAGUGGAUGUUGUUUUUCCCAACCUUUGCUGACAGAUAAAUCCCAAAUGGAGUAUAUAAGAAUAAUGCAAUACUCAGCUCCUGAUUUAAGCUCAUUUAAAGUGCUUAGAUAAGUUGGAAGCACACUGUUCUGUGAUACUCUUGCACACUGCUGUAACUCCUGUAGACACUGCUUAUGGCAUAGCUAAUACUGAAAUCAAAUUGACAAGGUGGUUUCAGUGGAAUCAUCAUUUACGGUGCUCAUAUGUUAGAUGUGCCACUCAGAAGGUCUGCGUUUGAUCAUUUCGACAGCUCGAUGAAGCGUUCUACUAGCCAUCCCUUACUUUAGGGUGUAGAGAGAGAAACAGUUACCAUGUAUCCAUCUUUCUGUGGUAAAUAAAACUAUUUACGAACAAUUUUAUAUGUGCAUUUUGGACCUCUUAAGAGAUUCUACACACACAGGCUGAAUCCAAAGGAAGUGUUUAUCUGCUUUUCUAUAAUUGGAGCACAUUCAUGUAGCAUUAACCCCCUGAACCCUAGACUUGUUACUUGGUUAUUAAUUUUAAGGCUUAUUAUUCAAUACCUACUGUAAAUUUGAUAACUAAUAUGAAGCUAAUAUAAAAAUUAUGUAUUUAGGGUUUAAGGGGUUAACACUUAUAAACUAUUGAACUGUGCGAUUAGUUUGUAAGGUCAGUGCAAUAGCACAUUGCCAAGCAUCAGGCUUUUUAGGCUUAAUUACUAUCCAGAAAUAAUAAAUUAAAUGAUCUCAAAUGUG